CGCAUCUACCCGUUUAACAAUAAUUUUGUUUUGGUGACUACUUUUUUACAAGAUUUAAAAAAACAUACACACCCACUUUCUAAAUCAUUGUUUUUUCCAAUUGGGUUGGGAAAAUCUUGGUGCUUUUCUCCGUUUCUUUGACUCUUACCGGUAAGAAAUUGGGGGGGUUUGGUGAUGAUUUGGGUUUUGGGUAUAAAUUGAAAGAGAAAAUUUGUUAAAAGAAUGAAAUUGAAAAGGUAUAAGAGAGAGAGAGAAUGAUGAUGGGGAAAGGAAGAAGAAUGGUGGGAGCACUAUGUUCAUGCGCACUAAGAAUAAAAACUCCCUUGCCGAUAGUGAUUAUGAUGAUGAAAUUGUGAAAUGCAACCUUUUUUGUAACAAAUAGUACAAAAUCGAAGAACCCUUUUGAAAAAUUUUUGUGGGUCCGUUCAAUUUUCCGCCAUAGCCAAAAACCCAACAACUCCACAUCAAUCCUUCUCAGCCCCAUCAUUAUUACCCUCAAGAAGUAGAAGAAGAAGUAGGAGUAGAAGUAGAAGAAGAAGAAGUCUCUCUUACUCUUCUUCCAUUUCUCUCACCAACAAUCUGUCAUUUCCCCCAUCCUUUCUUUUCUCUUUUCUUCAUUUUCAAGGCAAUUCUGUCAUUUUUCUUCUUUCCCCUUUUUGAUUUUUCGUUUUUCUCUCUUUGUUUCUUAGAGGAUUUUGUUCGUUCUGGUUUUGGCGAUGGUGGGUUACUGAGGAACUGAGGGUUGUUUGUGUGUGUGUGUGUCUCUCUCUCUCUCUCUCUUUUUUUUUUUUUUUUUUUUUUUUUUUUUUUUUGUGGGGGGUUGCUUCAAUGGGGAACUGCUGGUAUCGAUGGGAACCUACGGUUAAUAGGGUCUCAUCUAAUGCAAAAUCAGAAUCUCCAAAAGUUGAGAGUACAUCGCCUUAUACAAGAAACAAUGAACACAAUUUGCCCUCUAACCCCAAAGAAGUAGAAGACUUGCGUCGUGACUCGGCCACUAAUCCCUUGAUUGCAUUUACGUUCGACGAGCUGAAGUUAAUCACUGGAAAUUUUAGACAGGACCGUGUGUUGGGUGGAGGAGGGUUCGGAAGUGUUUAUAAAGGAUUCAUUACUGAGGAUUUGAGAGAAGGAAUCGUUCCUCUUCCAGUAGCUGUUAAGGUUCAUGAUGGAUUUAAUAGUUAUCAAGGCCACAGGGAAUGGCUGGCAGAAGUCAUAUUUUUGGGGCAGCUUUCUCAUCCAAAUUUGGUAAAGUUGAUUGGAUACUGUUGCGAAGACGAGCAUCGUGUUCUCAUAUAUGAGUACAUGCCUAGGGGGAGUGUGGAAAACAAUUUGUUUUCAACUUUGCAUGCUGCAGGAGUGUUGCUUCCUCUGCCUUGGUCCAUUAGAAUGAAAAUUGCCUUUGGUGCUGCGAAAGGACUAGCAUUUCUCCACGAAGCAGAAAAGCCCGUGAUCUAUCGUGAUUUUAAGACAUCGAAUAUUCUGCUCGAUUCGGACUAUAAUCCAAAACUUUCGGACUUUGGUCUCGCAAAAGAUGGACCAGUAGGUGACAAAUCUCACGUCUCUACUCGUAUAAUGGGAACUUACGGAUAUGCUGCACCAGAAUACAUAUUGACAGGACAUUUGACCCCACGGAGCGACGUGUAUAGCUUUGGAGUUGUUCUUCUCGAACUACUAACAGGGAGAAAGUCGCUGGACAAACUUCGACCAGCUCGAGAGCAAAACCUUACCGAUUGGGCUCUUCCUCUCCUAAAAGAGAAGAAAAAGCUAAUGACCAUUGUCGAUCCUAGACUAGGAGGAGAAUAUCCUGUCAAAGGAUUUCACAAGGCAGCAAUGCUCGCUUAUCAUUGCUUGAACAAGAACCCAAAAGCGAGGCCGCUGAUGAGAGACAUCGUCGACUCAUUGGAGCCGUUACAAGAAACAAUCGAUGAUGCAGUAGCGGCAUCUGAAACAACUUCCUCACCUGUUGUUGCUAAUAACGAGAAUAGGAGAAAGGAAAAUGAAGGCUUGAAAUUGAACUAAUGGGAGGCCAUGGGAGCUUUCACAGCUACCUUUUGUAUUGAGUUUUUAUUUCAUCUUCCUUUUUUAGAUGUGGAAUUUUUGUUUUAUGGUGAACUUAUGGUUUACUUUUUUAACCUUUGCUAAUACUUUUCUCACUACUUGUAAUACCAAAAUGAUUUGUAAAUGUUUUUAAAUGUUACAAAUUUUAUAGCUCAAAUGGAAAUAGAAAUAAGAAUGGAUCAAAGUGAUUUAUAGA